AUGGCGAAGAAGUCUUCCUGUGGUACCGGGUCAGUUAAUAAGAAGGUUAUUAAUAAGGUCGGCAAGUCUUCUUCCGAUUACGUACUAGAAAAAUCUAAAUUGAACAAUCUGUUCAAAUCCAUACGAGGAAAAUCGGCUGCGGUUGUAUCAGCUUCAACGUCAUCUACUAGUCGUCAACCUGCGUCGAAUAAAUCUGCAUCGAUUUCUCGCACAUCGAAGUCAAAGGACGGUUAUUCUGAGGUGUCAGUUGGUGUCAGUGUGCGUAAGCGUACGGAAGAUAAUCUUCCCAUCUACACUGUAGAGGAGCUUAAUAUCGAUAAAUAUUGCGAGGUUGUUUCAAAUCGUCAGGUGAAGCAAGGUCGAGGUUCUGCAUCCCUUCAGGUGGAGUACAUUGAGUUUCCCAGCAGGAAGCCGAUGACUUUAAAUUUGCCCAUUGGUGCUAAGGUCGAUAAGAUAGAUUUGGAGAAGCAGGGCGCGUUAGUACAAUAUCUUGACUCUGAUGCUCGUGAGCUUGUUGUAUCGGACCACAACUUUGAAGAGAAGCGAAUUCCCGCUUUAAUUGUCGGUGACGGUGCUAAGCUAUUGGAGGCUGGGGAUGAAAUCCAACUAUUCUACCACAACGAAACUAUCGUUAAGGUCAGCCUGCCUAAUACCAUUACAUCGCGUUUGAAGUAG